AGCUGCCCAGACAGCUUUAUUGAUGCGAGCGAGAUGAAGGACUAACUAACUAAAUCUGUCCAUCCAUCCAUCCAUCUAUCUAUCCAGAGAGCAGAAUCCAGAAUCCAGAAUCCGAGUCAGUCAUUCGCCGCCGGACCAGCGCGCCGAGUAGAGAGUCUACGAGUGUUUGAGGUGUUAGAUGGGUCAGGAUGCUCCGGACCCGCCGCCGUUAAUCGACACCUUUCAUCGGACCCAUCAUGAAUGAGCCCGCUCCGGCCACGUUGGCCAUUGGGACCCAGGUUUCGGCCAAGUACAAGGGUGCAUUCUGCGAGGCCAAGGUGCGCUCGGUGGUGAAGCAGGUCAAGUGCCGGGUGACGUUCAGCGCGGGCUUGGGCAUCACCACCUUGUCCGACGAGUACGUCCAGGUUAUAAGUCCCGGGGGCAGUUUGGUGGUGGGCGCCACGGUCAAGGCCAAACAUCCCGAUAAGCAAGAGUACAUCGAGGCCGUCAUCAACAAGAUUCAGGAUCAGAGUCAGUACACGGUCGUGUUUGACGAUGGGGAUAUCACGACUCUCCGUCGCAAUGCCCUGUGUAUGAAAAGUGGGAAACAUUACAACGCCAGUGAGUCCUUGGACAAUUUGCCUCUGACCCAUCCCGAGCACUUCAGUACGCCCGUGUCGGGAUCCCGGCGAAAAAAGGGCUGGGCUCGAGGUGGACCCGGACCCGAAUCCGACGAUGAAGGCAGUUCGUCGGGUAGCGAAGAUACGGUCAUUCCGUCCUCGUAUUUGGCCAAUAUCGGUCGCGUGGUUUGGGCUGAGAACACGGAUAAGAAGAGCAAAGCCCGGGAAUCGUGGUUUCCCGCCUUGAUCGUGGCGCCAUCGGCCUCAGGCCAGGGCAAGAUUGACACCAAGGAGGAGUUUCUAAUCCGAUCCUUCAAGGAUGGGCGCUACUACACCGUUUCCAAGAAAGAUACUCAAAAGUUCCAUCGGGACUCGCCACGGAAGAAUGACGUGGCCUCGCUGAAAGAGGCCAUUGAGAAGGCCGUGACUUAUAUCAACAAAGAGGAGCUCCCGCCUUUGUGGGACCGGGAAGUGCUCUUUAAUAUGGGCGAAGAGAGCACCACCGAGUCGUCAGAGACGGAAAGUUUAGCCGAUGAUGAAGAGAACGAGACGCAAGAGGACAAGGACAAAUUAGUGGCCGAAUUGUACAAGCAUAUGGAGGAUCGAGGCUCGCCCAUUAACCGCACCCCCACCAUCGGCAGUAAAGAGCUAGAUUUAUUCAUGCUCUUCAAAGUCGUGUACAAGCUAGGCGGACACACCCGUGUCACGAAUAACAAUAUGUGGCGUCAAGUGGCUUCAAAGUUGGGGUUUGAGACCACCUGGUGCACCAAUCAGGUCCGAGUUCACUACAAACGUUACCUGCUCAGUUUCGAGGAGCUCAACAAGACCUUGGGCUGCACCAUGAUCCAGACCAGUUCCAAGCAGGCCAGCUCUAGAGUUCAAAUCCGAGGCAAACAUCGUUCCGGCGGUUCCAAAUCCGAGUCCAACGCCGAGAACGAGAGUGAUAAAUCGAGUAUUGGUUCGCAAGACGAAACGGCGGGAGGUUUGAUGGUCUCCUUGAGGCGGGAAAACACGCCCAGUCGCGAUAUUAAGACCGAGGAGGACAAGAAAGAACCCACGGCUAAGAAGAGCAAAGUGGACAAGGCCCCCAAUAGCAAAGAGACGGUCAAAUCUGAGAAAAUCAAGAAAGAAGAAGAUCCAACGAGUGGCUCCUUGGCCAAGAAAGGUGAAGAGACCAAAAUGGCCACGCGUCCUCGGCGAGAUUCCACCUCCAGUCUUGCCGCUGCCAUGCAAGUCAAGGCUCAGAAGGACAACAUUGGCGAUGAGAGUCGACGGCCCAUUGUGCGAAUGGAUCGAGAUAAGGAUACCGAGAAUGAGGCUCGUAAGUUGCAAACCAAACCGUCCAGCGGGGGAAAGGCCAAGGAGAUCAAGGAAGAAGAGAAACAUCCUGAAGAGAAGGAAAUGGAUGACGGUGAGGAAGAGGGUGACGACGAGGAAGACCCGGAAGAGGACGGCGGUCCUCCACCUCCAACCCCAACUCCCAAUGUCAAUGAUCCUCCUCCGAAGAAAGGGGAGAAGAAAAAUUCUCGAGACAGCCCCAUAUAUGGCCAAGACCCCGAGGACUCUAAAUCCAGCACGGACAUGAAUAUGACCCCCACGACUGGAAGUUCCAAAUCCAAAGGCGGUCGUAAGAAACUCGUAAAGAAGAAGAAUCCUCAAGACAAACCACCGCCUUUGGACGAUGAGGACGACAUACCCGUGGCCAAUGAGAAACAGGACCUGCUGGAUCAUGUAAAUGUAGAGAUCGGUGAUAAGAUCAAGGUGUACUACCGCCACAACCAAGUGUAUGAAGCCAAGGUGAUCAAAAUCCGCGAGCCCAAGACCGGUGAGAGGUGGCCCAAGUAUUUGGUUCACUACCAAGGUUGGAACGCGCGAUACGAUGAGUGGGUGAAGCGUUCCAAGAUUGCCGAGAAUCUUUCUUGGUCGAAGGAACGCUUGAAAAGCAGCUGGACAAGCCGAGCCCAACCGACCGAAUGUGCCUCUUCUGCGAGUGCCUCAUCGGGAACCUCCAUAGCCAAGCUCAAUGACUCUUCCAACGACUCCACGAGUGCCAAGAAGGAGCUGAGAACAUCGAGGAAAGACGACAAAACGCCCAAGGACAAAGAACCCGUGACAAAUUUGAACAACGGAAAAGAAAAGGCUUCUGGUCGAGGAAGUAGGAAGUUGCCAACUCCCACCACCCCUUCUUCCACGAAGAACGCUAGUGAUUCUCGGGCGAGUACGCCGUCUCAGUCCAGAGGCGGGUCUCGAACCGGAUCGCCCGCCUUGAAGCGACAAUCCAGCCGCAGUUCCAUCAAAAAGGAGUCGGAAGAGAGUGACGAGGAUCCGGAAGGUGAAAACAGUGCCAAUGCGAGAAAGAGUCGGCGACUGAAUUCCAGCCAAAACAGCUCUGAGGGUCGAAGAAGCGGCCGAAAGCGUCCCGCUCAUUUGGCAGGAGGUCCGAAUAAGGAUGAGAGCGAGAACGACGAGAUCGAUGUGGAAAAAGAUGUGACGGAAGCCGCCAAGCCAGAACUGCCAGUUACUCCAUCCAAGCCCAAAAGAACGCGCAAAGGGGGACCUACCACACCCAAACAGCAACCGCAACCGCAGCCCCAGAAUCCAGUGACUCCAGUUCAAGUUCAAGACGAAAGUGACGAAAAAAGCAGUGAUAGUGGGUCUGUGGGAAAUCGUCCAAGUCGAUCCCGGGAUCGGGCUACCACUCGUCAAUUAGCCUCAUCGGGUAAGAGAGAAAGUGGUAAGUCCGGUGGGAAAGCAUCCAAAAGCCGUUCAGAGGAAGACGAAGAAGAGGAUCCGUAUGCCUUCAAAGAACCUGUUCCUCUUGAUGAGUCGCGGAAUGCUGGAACUCCGGGUAAAGCCACCCCUGCCGCCCCAACGAUGCCCUCAACUACUACACCUAGUUCCUCGCCGUCCACGGCUGCGGCAGAAACGGCGCCAUCAUUGGCAGCAUUGGCCAAAAAAGCUGGACUUAAAGAAGCUCCAUCGGAAAUCAAAAGUGAGCCAAAGAAGAAAGGAUCAACAACCAUUGGCUCUGUUAGCACUAGAUCUAAACGAGAAUCGGAUUCCGCUGAGUCCAGUUCGGAUGAGGGUGGAAAGAAGAAUUUGCGGACAUCAAGACAGGGCUCGAGUAAACCUGUUGGUAAAUCAGGACCAAUGGACACGACCAAAUCGACAUCAAGUUCCGAGGAAACCGAAAAAGAGAAGAAGCCAGAUCUGCCACCAACACCCGCCACAACAAUAACAACUACAUCUACAUCAUCAGAAGUAGCGGUAGAGACAACAACUAUCACAAUAAGCACCGUGGCCAAGGUCGACAUUGAGUCCAAUUCUGAGAUCGAAACGUGCAAACCAAAUGCUCAGUCAGAUGAUUCGCCCGAUGUGAAGGCGGAGCCCAAAGAAGAAGAGGAGGAUUUUGACAUGGAUGCGGUCUCGGAAGAUCAAGGUGGUAAGCCAGUGCUGAAUCUCACCAAAAAACAGCAAGAGCUAUUUCCGUUUUUGUCCGCCAUGCGGACCACUCCAAUGUCUGGUGUCCAAAUAUCAGGCGUUCAAAUAUCCGGGUCUUCGCUUGACGGCGGAAGAUCCCCAAGUAAAUCGCCUUCAAAGGAUUGUAAAACCGAUAGUACGGGCUCCGACUAUUCGGAUAGCCGAGAGGACUCUAAAUCGUCCACUACUCAAGCUUCUGGUGCUGAAAGUAGUCCCAGAAGUGCUUCCUCCUCUUCCAAAGCCCAGGCAUCUGGAGCUUCCACACCCGGUCCUCAUCGAAAGCUUAGUACAAAGAAACGGAAAACUCCACGAAAGCCCAAUAGCUCCGAAUUAGUGGCCUCGGAAUCAGAAUCUGAUCUCAACUCCGAGGACGAGAAAUCCAAUCUCGCCAUUAGCCUUAAUCUAUCCUCAACUGCGAGUGGGCGUUCGAGGGGACCAUCGCCAGGCAUUGAAUCGGUUGGUGGGGGCUCUGUGAAUCCAUCCAAAGGACCGAGUGUGAAGGGAUUAUUCGGUGGUGGGGCAGUCCCUCCUCUAACGGGAUCUGCGGUGACCAAGAAGGGUCCUGAGGGUGAAACCUCCUCGGGAGAUCUCGUCGACGAGAAGCCUAACAAAAAGAAAAUCAAGAAAGAGGAACUUCAAGAGGAUCUAGAUUUGGCGUGUGGAGAAACCAUCCCCGGUAGUCCGGUACAUCCGUCCUCCAUUCCGACUGAACCCGUGGUCAAAGCCAGCAAACCCUCUUCGUCUCGCCUCGAAAUGCCUUUCGCAUCUGUGCCAGAAUCCAUUCCCGGACCGUCCGAAGCCGACAACAAAGCGGGCGAUAAGAAAGAACCUGCCAAACCAGCCAAUAAGCCGGCCGAAACCGCCCCUGCCACUACCAACACCACCACCAAUUCGAACACCACCGCUUCCACUUCGACUACGUCCACCAGCAGCAACCCUUCGGCAAAGGCCCCCAACAAGUAUGUGGAGCCCCGUGAAGAUCCACUGGAAUCCUCGAGUGCCUCUCAAUCGCCUUCGGAUUCUCGACCUCCCCCUGAUUCGCCUAAAUCUCCGGCUGAGUCCUCGGAGGUCGACAUGGACAGCCUCAGUGGCCGAAAGGAGCCUGAAAGCGAAGAUUCUCGCUUGGAUAUGGACGGAGGCUCGAUCACGAGUGAGACCAGAAGACCCAAGCGCAAGGCUCCGAGUUCGCCGGCUCACAGCGUCAAAAGGAAACAACGGAAGACCCGUGAAGCCGCGUUACGGGGAAGUCGCUCCGGCCGCGGGAGACAUAGUUCUAGUCGUAUCAUGAGUAGUACCCGUGGAAGUGCCGUUUUAGACGACGAGACUGACGAAUGUGAGGAACCCAAGGAUCCUGCAUUGGCAUCUUUGGGCAAUCUCGACAAUGACGCCCUGACCGCCUUGACCCAAAGGCCGCCUAAAGCAUCCAAGUACAACUUUUUCGUCGAAUUAAAUGCCACGAUGACCUCAAAGGAACGAGUCUCCAAGCUUCAGGAGAGCAUCGACCGUCUCCGGAAGACCUACCUGAAUGUAAAGAGCGAUCUUGCUCAAGUUGAGCGAAGACGGAAGAAGAUGAAGAGGAAGGAGCGGGAAAAGUCGGAGAAGGCCUCCACCGCCAAUAAUGCCAACACAAGUGCAGGAGCCACCGUGGUUGAAGCAAUGGCCUGAAUGAUCUUCCAAGUUUAGGAUUGCUUCCCGGGGAUUCGCUUCAUUUUGCCAUGCAAACAUUUAAAGUGAAUCGUUCCAGUAGCAAUCUCGAGCCAUCCAAUGUGUAACUACAUGGUUUGUUCACCGGUAAUUCAAAUGGCUCAAAACAAACCAUGUACCGAUAGACAAAUAUCGACCCACCGGGCCUCUUACCCUUAAAAGCCAUGGAAAUAACUCAGUAUUUAAGAAUUUGCUCUCCAUCCAAUUAUUAGGUUUAGUUGAUCAAUUUGGGGGGGAGUCGAACCUCCAAGCUAUUAUUUCAUAGAUUGCAAUCAUGUACGUUUGCAAUGUGUCUCGAGAGAGAAAAAGGAUGCUUUCUUUUCCAAAUUCAGUCCUAUGAAAUAAAGCUAAAAACAACGCCCA